CAAGGCACUGCAUAGAAGAGCAUGGAGAAAUUCAGAAGUAUUUUUCUUUUGUGCUUUGGCUUCCUUCUAGUCCAUGUAAGAGGUCAAGGCGAUUUUGAUUUAGCUGAUGCCCUUGAUCACCCAGAUGACAUAAUUACAAGGAAGCCUACAGUGAUCAGAAGACCCACAAGGCCUGUGCUGAACAAUGAUCUACAUUUAGGAGAUGCUCUUGGUGGGGGUGACAUCUCAAGAAAACCUUUAUACCCACCUCUUCCACCACGACCAGGAAGUUAUAGUAAUUCUGGGGGUUUUGAUGACUCAGAUCUCCUUGAUGGGAAGCCUUUACCACCGGUCAUAACAGGAGAAGAAGAGCAUCAUUUCAAUCAUGGAGGAAACACAGAUUCAGGAUUAAUAGCUGGAGUUACAUCGCCUGUAAUUUCUGCCUUUGUAAUAUUGGUUGUUGGAUCGAUAGCAGCCUACUCUGCUUACAAGAAUAAGAGACUUUGUUUCAAACCACGUGGUGGAGCUGCAGUGUAAACCACUGAAGGAAGAGUUGCCCUCUGAUCACAGGCUCCUUUGGUUGGUGACAUUCUACUGUGCUGUUCUGACAAAAAAAAAAUAUCUUCUUCUAAUGAAUGUUUUGUCGAGACUGCUCUCUCUAACUUGAUGUCACUUUUGUGCCUUGAGCUUCAUGUCAUCAAAGAUAUGCUUAAAACAUCCAGGGAUUGUAUUGCACUAUCCGAUGUGCAUUUAUAAAUGUUGGAUAUGGAUUUUGACUCAGAAAUUAUUUUAAACAAUAAAGAAAUCAAGUACAUUAUAAGCUAAAAAUGGAAAGUUUUGGGUUUGUCAGCAUUUGAGUCAUUGAACAAAUUUCUUUUUCUCUUUUCAAAAUUGCCCAAAAACCAAUCCCUCUGAUAGAAUAGGAUAAAGGAGUUUGCCAUUUUCAUUCAUGCAUGUUGGGUUUUUUCAGUAUAUUUCUGUAAUAUUUAUAAUAUUUAAGGAAAACUUAUAGUUGUCUAAAGGAUUAAAAAUUUUACUGCCUUUACUUUGUAUUUAUGUCUGAAUUUUAGCAAAGUGAAAGGAAG